AUGAGUAUCAGGGAAAGUAUGGGAUAUUAUGGGUUGAAAGAAAGUAUCAGGGAAAGUAUGGGAUAUUUAAUGAUUAGCAUAAAUGGAAUUAUGUGUAGAAUUGCGGCUCCUAUGGAGGAUCAAGAAAUCGAAGUGCUUUUCGAAUACCUUAAAAGGGAGCCGGAGAUCUACCGGAUUUUGCAAAGAAGAGGUAGAGUGGGCACUCUGCCUGAAAAUGGAAAUGAUGAGGCCGAGAACUGGCCAUCAGAAGCAGAGUGGACCCCUCUGCCAGAAGAAGAUGAAGAAGGAGAAGAGCCUGAGGUACCGGGGGUACCAAUGAAGAUCGAGGAACCGGUGGAGGCAGUACGUAAACUCGUCCUAAUCCCGGUUCCUGCCAUGCAAGAAGCAAUGGCUGCGGCACCUCCGGAAAAGUUCGAACCAGCUGAUUUAAAAGAUCUUCCGGAGCAACUCCCAAGAGAAUUGAUAGUGCCGCAAGCAGAGCCAUACACGGGGCACAAGGAGAAGGAAACAAGAACAUCGUGUGUGGCCUCUGCUGCAGGCAGUUUGAAACGUUGA